AUGCGGCUGCCUGUCAUCUUGUGUACCGCUGCGCUUGUAAACACGGUCUUUGCUGCAGCGCUCCUAGAGACCCCUAUAUCUGCUGCCGCUCAAGCACGAGGCUUGGACGGCUUUUUUGACGGCCUUCAGGACCAGAGUCAAACUGCUACGGCAGCACACGACCAUACACAGGUCGGACCUGAUGCGACACCGACCGCCACGCCAUCUACGCCGGGCGAUGCAAACCUGAAGUCUCUGUUGGGCCUCUCGUCGUCUGCUACCGACACCGCGACAGCGAAGGGCAAGGGCAAGGAGACGAAUGCUAUCCCCACUGGUACAGCCUACUCUAUCAUCGGCUCUCUGCCUCCCAUCCACACGCCCAGUGCUGCCUACUCCCCGAUGACUCCGGCGACAUCCACGGCAUCCACCGACGCGUCAUCUCCAACUACUGCCGCCGCAGCUAACACCGAGAGCGCGACGAGUAGCGGCACGAGCGAAUGGAAGAUCAUCGGCGUCGCGGUCAUAGCUUUCACCACCGUCGCUGGUAUCCUCCUCCUCUCUGUCUUCUUUGACCACUGGUGGCGCUUCGUACGCGGUCUCGUUUGUCGGAACAAGGGGAACACAGACGAAGAGCUUGUGCCGGACUGGGAGAAGGCUGAAUGGGAUAUGCGUUGCGGGCAAGACCGCCAGCGCUACCCGUCCUUCUCCUCCCUCCCUUCGGCUGCGAAGGUGCAAGCGCCUCCGCCUGCUGCGCCUGGACCGUCUAGAAACUCGUACUCGGAGGCUGGGACUAGUGCUGGCUUGGCUGGCUAUCAUCAAGAGGCGCGUCGCAACCGGACGCCGAGCGGAGUCGGGCUGGGACUAGGGCGUGUGGGGAGCACGCGGUCGCAGCGGUCGCAGAGGUCCCCGUCGAUCGGAGGCGCCGCCGGACGGUCGCCUUUCGCGAAGCACAAGAAGGCUGCGUACGAGGGGGCACCACAGAAUCCCUUCGAUGACAUACACUCACCGACGCCGGAGGACGUGUACGGCGGAGUCGUGCACUGA